AUGUCUCUGCCCUUCCGAAAAGAGUUGGAGAAAUAUAAGAAUAUCAAUGAAGAUGAAAUACUCAGCAAACUCUCGGAGGAUGAACUGAAACAGCUAGAGCAUGUUCUUGAUGAUCUGGAUCCUGAGAACGCUUUGCUUCCAGCAGGAUUUCGGCAAAAGGACCAGACCACUAAACCUGCGACGGGACCUUUCGACAGAGAACGCCUGCUCUCGUACUUGGAGAAGCAAGCGCUUGAGCACAAAGACAGAGAAGACUUUGUACCAUUUACAGGGGAAAAGAAAGGAAAAAUAUUUAUCCCUAAAGAAAAGCCCAUAGAAACCCGUACAGAAGAGAAAGUGACCCUGGAUCCAGAACUAGAAGAAGCCCUGGCCAGCGCUUCAGAUACUGAACUCUACGACCUUGCAGCUGUUCUUGGAGUGCACAACAUGGUCAACAACCCAAAAUUUGAUGAAGGAGGAGCACGCACAUCAGCCGAGAGAAGGAAACUGAGGGCAGAUGUAGUGAAAGGUGAAAAGGUCAAGCCCAUCUUUGAGGAGCCACCUAAUCCAACCAACGUGGAAGCAAGUUUACAAAGGAUAAAAGCAAAUGAUCCUAGUCUCAUAGAAAUUAAUCUCAACAACAUCAAGAAUAUUCCUAUUCCAACACUGAAAGAGUUUGCAAAAGCUUUGGAAAGCAACACGCAUGUGAAGACAUUCAGCCUUGCAGCUACUCGAAGCAAUGACCCUGUAGCUAUUGCAUUUGCAGAUAUGUUGAAAGUGAACAAAACACUGAAGAGUCUGAAUGUAGAAUCCAACUUCAUUACUGGGACGGGUAUUUUGGCACUGAUUGAUGCACUGAAAGAGAAUGAAUCCCUGACAGAAAUUAAAAUUGACAACCAGAGGCAGCAGCUGGGGACAGCUGUAGAGAUGGAGAUUGCCAAGAUGCUGGAGGAGAACUCCAAGAUUCUCAAGUUUGGAUACCAGUUCACAAAGCAAGGUCCAAGAACCAGGGUAGCAGCAGCUAUCACUAAAAACAAUGAUCUGGUUCGUAAAAAGCGGGUAGAAGGAGAGCGGCAGUAGCCAUGCCAUAGAAGAUGCAUGGCAAGA